ACUCAGAUUGCAUAUUAUAACCAAUAAUGGAAUCGUAUCAGCCAAUGUAAAAACAUCGCAACCGUCACAUUGUGUCUGUUAUUCUACCAAAUUAUUUUGUGUUUACUUCGGAAUCGAGAAAUUGGAAGUGUUUAUUCUUCCAAAGAAAUUGUGUUUCAACUUUUCCCAGCCGGAAUAUAAAAUUUCUAAAAAAAUACAGAAGAUAAUGCAAUAACUGCUGAAACCUCUGAAGUUGAAACCCUUUUGGGUUAAAUCUUUUAAGAUGCAAUCCUUAUAAACGAAACACUAGAAGUUUCGGAAGAAAUGUGAAUAUAGGAAAAGAGCAAACCAAGAAAUUCGGGAAGGCCUGUCUUCUGAUAUUUUCUGUAGAGGAAAUAAAGUCGGACGCAAAAUGAAUAACGAUCUGAACGCCUAUGACGAUCUAGUACGGUACAAGAACCCAGCUGGGAUACCGAGGUCUUUUUUAUUGAAACAAGAUCGUUUUGGUGCAAUACUACCGCAAACAGAUUUUGUGGACAUUCAAUCAAGAAGGCAUUUUGAACCACCGAUGAAUCAAAACGUUUCCGGAAACCAGUCACAGAUUUUUGUUCAAACUGCCAAUGUCAAUAUGGUAGCAGGCCAAGCGUAUUCUCCGACUGAGGUGUAUGAUGAAAUUAAACAAGCUGAAGAUUUGCGCGAUAGUUCCGAAUCACCGGAUAUGCUUGAGUUUGGUCAGAAGCGACAAAGCGCUUUCGAGAGACUCGGACCGGUGGCGCAACCGAAGAAACCGAAACUGACGAUAAAUCUCAACAUGGACAACGAUCAACCCGUCAGGGAAGUGGUAGAACUGAAGAACGUCUAUGAUGACGAGAACAUAAUCAACAGCACUGAUGAGACUGUCGUCACUUACCUACCCUUAUGGCCGUGGAAAAACCAUGUGGUCACCAAGAAGAGUGUCACUGCGAGAACAUCAAAGACUGUCAUGAUGAUGGAACAGGAGCAAAUGGAGGAAAUAUAUGAGAAAGAUAAAAACUUUAUCAUGAUUACAGUAACUGGCUACCCGCCGUCAUGGACAAAAGAACAGUUACUGGAUUCGAUGCUGGAAAAUCUAGUGGGGAAAAGUUUUGUUCCUUGUUUCAUAGAGUUUAAGCCAAAAGUGUGCAGAUUCCUCGUAAUCCGAUGUCGACCCGCGCUCCUGAUGAUACAUUUUCUCGGCUUCGCGAUGCGAAAAGAAGAUGUGGAACUUGAGAUAACCGUAUCUACUACCACGAUAUCCAUUCAUAAACUAGAGUUCGCACCGCGGUCCGUUCUCAGACAACGCCUGGCUAUGAAGUAUGAUGGUGGCAAGCGAGAGUUGGAUUUGAGCGAAUUCACGCUUAAAUUUGAUAUAAGCCAUUUUAUAUACUUUCCGCUGAACCGAAUAUGCAACCAAAAGGAAAUAUUGCGUAUAGAGAGUGAAGUUGAUUGGGAAUUUUUGACCGAACUUAAUUUAUCUCGCAAUAGGAUCACAUCCCUCGAAGGCUUCAACUUAGAAGAUACAAUGCCUAGAUUAAGGAUCCUUGAUCUCUCACACAAUUAUUUAGACAGUAUUAAACCGUUACUGCAAUGUAGGCAGUUACCCCUAAUAAAACUAAGCCUUGAAGGAAAUCCUCUAUGCACUGAUUAUACAGACCCUGAUCGUUAUCUCAAGGUCAUGAAGACUAUAUUUUCGACUUUGAGAGAAUUGGACGGAAUUCUAAUUAUUCUUAAGGGUGAAAUGCCUCCAGUCCAAAAGAACUACUGCUUAGAAGACGCCAAAGCCGUAGUAGAGAAGUUUCUGGAAGUAUACUUUCCUUUACUGGACCAGUCUUCGGAUGACAGGAGCAAUAUGCAUUCAAUGUACUCGAAGAAAGCGGUUUUGACUAUAACUUAUAGGAAUAAAGUGCGUUACGACACAAAAUUCAAAAACGCCAGGAACCUUUUAAUUAAAAGCCGCGUUUUACUCGAAGGCGAUUAUGAUAUUGUCUACGGUGCCGCUAAUAUCGUCAAGCUGUUGACCAAAUGGCCUAAUUUACAACACGACCCGUCGACGUUCACUGUUGAUGUUAUACUGCAUAACGAUUCAUCAACCAUCUUCAGUAUCAAUGGUAUACUGAAACUUACCGCCGAAUCGUUGGCCGAAGAUGAAACGAUGCUAGCGUUUACUCGCACUUUACAUUUAUUUACAAAAAAUGGAGCCGAAUACAAAAUCAUCAAUGAAAUGCUGUACUGGGAUGAACCUACGCAAGAGUACUCGAAUAGGGCUUUUCAACAGCUAUCGGUCCCAAAGAAAAGCGUAUUCGAUAUAAAAUUUGAAGCAACUCCAGAUGAUAACACUAAAGAGCGACUCGUGGAGUUGUUCAUGAAUUUAACUGAGCUCGACAAAUUACCUAGUGAAAGGUGUUUGGAAGCAAAUGAUUGGCAUAUGAAGCACGCCCUAGAGUAUUUUAUAAAGCUCCUUAAAUUAGGCAACCUUCAAAGCCUAAUGAAUUAAAAUGCCGUUGGACAUUUAAACAAGAACAGUUACAUCUCAUAAGCCCUUGUUAUAAUUUAGAUACUUGAAUAGUUCGUGAUAUUAAUACCUGCAAUAAAAUAAGCUUAAUAUA